AUGGAGCCUCAGCUGUCAGCCCAGGCUGCCAGCACAGCCCAGCUCCCAGGCCUGGUGGCCCAGGUCCGGGGCUCCUCGCACCCCUCCACCCUGCAGAUGGUCAUUGAGGCGCUGCGGGCCCAGGAUGACAAGAAGGGCUGCUCUGUCUUCGCCAUCAAGCGGUUCAUCCUGGCUAAGUACCCCACAGUGGACCCCAUCCGUCUCAAGUACCUGCUGAAGCGGGCGCUGAGCAAAGGGCUGAGCCGAGGGGACCUGGUGCGGCCACACAACUCCUCGGCCUCGGGGGCCACCGGCCGCUUCAAGCUGGCUCCUGAGAAGCAGCGGCACAAGCAGCCCCUGAGCCGGGUGGGUCCCGACGGAGGACAGGCCCCAAAGCUGGGACGGAAAGCAGCCACCAAACGGCCCCGGGCCCCUGCGGCAGGCGCACUGCAGAGAGGUGCCGCGGAGCAGAAGCCGCCAGCAGCGGAGCAGAAGCCGCAGGCGAAGCGUGUGGCCCCGCCAGCAGCAGCGAAGCCCAGGAGCCAUGGAGCAAAGCCCCCGCAAGCCGCCGGCCGACGCCAGGGCCCUGGCAAGGGGCGUCCCAAGCGCCCUGUGGCUCCAGCCCCUGAGGACGGGGGAGGGGGUGAUGAAGGCAGCCCUACAGCAGCCGGCACAAAGGGGCCCCAGAAGGCUCCUGUGGGAAAGAGCAAUAGGAAGGUGCCCAAGGGUGCACAGCAAGAAGCCCCCAAGGUGAAGGGGGGUCAGGGCAAGGUGAGGAAGCCUCGGGUGCCCCCAGGAGCCGGUCGGGGGGGUGCUGGGCUGCAGAAGGCAGCUGCCCCCACAGAGGGCACGAAAGGCCCAUAG